CCCAGCCGCGGGCGGGCGGGCAGGCAGACGGCGGGCGGACAGCAUGCUGAGCCUCCUUGUCUGGCUCCUCACUCUCUCCGACACUUUCUCCCAAGGAACCCAGACCCGAUUUAGCCAAGAGCCAUCUGACCAGACGGUUGUGGCUGGGCAGCGGGCUGUGCUUUCCUGUGUGCUGCUGAACUAUUCUGGCAUCGUGCAGUGGACCAAGGAUGGGCUGGCUCUGGGCAUGGGCCAGGGCCUCAAAGCAUGGCCACGCUACCGGAUUGUGGGAUCUGCAGAAGCUGGGCAAUACAACUUGGAGAUUACAGAUGCUGAGCUUUCCGAUGAUGCUUCCUAUGAGUGCCAGGCCACUGAAGCCGCCCUGCGCUCACGAAAGGCAAAACUCACUGUGCUGAUUCCCCCAGAGGAUCCUACAAUUGAUGGGGGGCCUGUCAUCCUGCUCCGGGCAGGGACACCGUACAACUUGACAUGCCGAGCUUGCAGUGCCAAACCUGCUGCCACGAUUGUUUGGUUCCGGGAUGGGACACAGCAGGAGGGGGCUAUGACCACAACGGAGGUGCUAAAAGAUGGAAAGAGGGAGACCACAAUCAGCCAGUUGCUCAUCUACCCCACCGACUUGGACAUUGGGCGUGUCUUCACCUGCCGAAGCACCAAUGAAGCCAUCCCUGGCGGGAAGGAGACCUCUAUCGAGCUCAACGUGCAUCACCCACCCACUGUGACUCUGUCCAUCCAACCCCAGACUGUGCAGGAAGGGGAGAGAGUUGUCUUCACCUGCCAGGCCACAGCCAACCCUGAAAUCCAAGGCUACAGGUGGGCCAAGGGUGGGAUUCUGAUUGAAGAUGCUCACGAAAGCCGCUAUGAGACAAAGGUUGAUUACUCCUUUUUUACGGAGCCUGUGUCCUGUGAGGUCCACAAUGAUGUAGGCAGCACCAAUGUCAGCACACUAGUGGAUGUCCACUUUGCCCCCCGGAUUGUGGUUGACCCCAAACCCACAACCACAGACAUCGGCUCUGAUGUAACCAUCACAUGCGUGUGGGCAGGCAAUCCUCCUCUCACCCUCACCUGGACCAAGAAGGACUCCAACAUGGUCCUAAGCAACAGCAACCAACUUUACCUGAAGUCAGUAACCCAGGCAGAUGCGGGCAUCUAUACAUGCAGGGCCAUCGUGCCUCGGAUCGGUGUGGCUGAGCGAGAGGUGGCACUGUUUGUAAAUGGGCCCCCCAUCAUCUCUAGCGAGGCUGUGCAAUAUGCUGUCCGUGGGGACGGGGGCAAAGUGGAAUGUUUCAUUGGGAGCACCCCACCCCCUGACAGAAUUGCUUGGGCCUGGAAGGAGAACUUCCUGGAGGUGGGCACCCUGGAGAGGUACACCGUGGAGAGGACCAACUCGGGCAGUGGGGUACUUUCCACCCUGACCAUCAACAAUGUAAUGGAGGCUGACUUCCAGACCCACUACAACUGCACAGCCUGGAAUAGUUUUGGGCCAGGCACAGCCAUCAUCACACUAGAGGAGAAAGAAGUCCUUCCUGUGGGCAUCAUUGCAGGGGCUACAAUCGGUGCAGGAAUCCUCCUCAUCGUCUUCUUCACUGCCCUUGUCUUCUUCCUCUACAGACGCCGCAAAGGAAGCCGAAAGGAUGUGACUCUGAGAAAGCUGGACAUCAAGGUGGAAACAGUGAACCGUGAGCCACUCACCCUACACCCUGACCGGGAGGAUGACACUGCCAGUGUGUCCACAGCCACCAGAGUUAUGAAGGCUAUUUAUUCGUCAUUUAAGGAUGAUGUGGAUCUGAAACAAGACCUUCGCUGCGACACUAUUGACACCCGAGAAGAGUAUGAGAUGAAGGACCCCACCAAUGGCUACUACAACGUCCGAGCACAUGAAGACCGCCCCUCUUCCCGGGCUGUCCUCUACGCUGACUACCGCGCUCCAGGCCCUGCCCGCUUCGAUGCCCGCCCCUCCUCUCGGCUCUCUCAUGCCAGCGGCUAUGCCCAACUCAGCACCUACACCAGGGGCCCCGCCCCCGACUAUGGCCCCGAACCCCCUGCCCCUGGCCCUCCACCCCCAGGUGGUGGUGAACAAGCCAGCCAGCUCUCCUAUGAGAACUAUGAGAAAUUUGGCCCCCACCCCUUCCCUGGGGCAGCCAACUACCCUACUUACCGGCUUGGCUACCCUCAGCCCCCUCCCCCGGGGUUGGAGCGGACCCCCUAUGAGGCUUAUGACCCCAUAGGCAAGUACGCCACAGCCACUCGAUUCUCCUACACAUCCCAGCACUCAGACUAUGGCCAGAGGUUCCAGCAAAGGAUGCAGACUCAUGUGUAGGGAGCCUGGGGUGGGUGUCUCUGCGGGGCAGAGGAGAAGGCUCUCUUGACUGUUCCCUGAUAUUCAGGGGCAUUGCCAUUUGCUUCCGUCUUGAACCUAUCUUCCCCUCACCCUCAACCCCUUCCCCAGCUCUCCUCCCACUACUAGUGGGGGGAAGAACAUGUGUCUGAAACACCCCCUAUCCCAAGGAUGGUGCUUCAUACCCUGAACACUUGGGACUAUCCUGUUCUCUCUCCUUGGGGAGAUUUUUCUCUUCUGGCCCAUCCCACUCCCUACUCCCACCCCCCCAGCAUGGAGGCAGGGAGAGUAGGGGCUGGGGAAGCCACAGAGAGUUCAGUUUUGUUUGUGGUGUGUGUCUCUGUCUCUGUCUUUCUGCUCCCCCUGCCCCUCUUGUCUCCCUUGAAGUGGGGACCUUGCUUUGGAGGAAUGGGGAUGCUGAGCAGGAGUGGCCGUGCUGUGGGCUAGGGGGGCUCCUUCUCGGGUCCUUCGACAGGCAAACCACCAAACAUGAGACUCAGGUCAGGAGCCCCUGGUUGGGCCCCCUGCCAUUUGCCCUCACACCCUGAAUUUGCCCUAUCCCUAUAUGGAGUAUGGACAAAGAAGCUCAAAUCCUAGUUUGAGGGUGACCCUGGUUGCAAGUUCAAAUACAUCCAAGUUCAACCAGAGAUCAAAUACUCUUGCAGCUGCUUGCUGCUGCUGCUGCUUCUGUGUUCUGUCCCCUCCAUAGGGAGUUAGCUUCCCUAGUAUCUCCUCACCCAGCCCUGUUCCCUCCUUUAGAGAGACAGCUUGGUAUGGUGGAAAGAAUAUUUGACCAGGAGUAAUAAGGUGAUGCUUAGGCCUGUUUCCACCAGCAAAUCCUGGGCUUGCUUGGCAGAGCAGGCAAUGAUUCAAGGGACAAUAGAAGAAACAGCAGAAACUCGGGUCUUAAUUCACCAGCAAAGGGGAACAAUGUGCUUUGGUGCAGUAUCUAGAAUUGGCACCAGAGGGAGCCCCAACCUCUCUGUCUUCCCACUACCACCCAACUCACCACCAUCACCAUCAGUCUCAUCUCUCCCUAGCUAUGCCCUACUUUGUCUUCGGGUGGGAAGGGGGGGGUGCAGAGGGACAGAUCAAGGUAGUGUGGAGGGCAACCAAGAGCCAGUAGACUAUUUUCAUAAAUUUCAGGAAGAAAAAAAUAAACAACAGUAAAACUAUCUCAAAAAAAAAUUCUAAAGUGCCCUCCCAAACAUAAGCCCCAGUAGAGUAGAGAGGGAGAAGAAAGCCAGAAGCCCAGAUGGGCAAGAGUGGCCUCUGCUUCUCACCCAGGAAUGGGCAUUCUCCAUCACACUUCCAGUCUCCAAGCACUUUGAAUACUUAUUUAUUCAGGCAGUGGAACCUGUCAAGUGGUCUGACUCACAGACUGAGUGCCAUAACCUGGUAAAGAGUGGCUAGGAAGACCUUUUCCUGAAGGAUGACAACUGCCAGUGAUAUCCUCAGAUAGGUUUUUCUGUUAAAGUGUCUUUUGUUUGUUUCUUCUGGCUCAGCCAGAACCUUUAGUCCACUUUCAGUGCCUUGAACAUCAAACUUUUGUUGACCACCCUGUUGGUGGGAGCUGGGUGCCCCCAACUAAUCCUCCUUGGAGGGGUGACUAGGAAGAGAGAUUAAUACCUAGGAAUCACCACCAGGGGAAGAACAUAUGUUCCUUUGGGUGGUAGGAUUCUAAAAAGUAACCUCAUUCCCCAUCCCAUCUCCAGACCUUCUAAGUGUUCCAAUUUCUCUAUCUGGGACCUGUCCCUCAGUCUCCACCCUUUUAACCAAAGAGAAUAGGAGCUGGGGGAGUAGGCUUAGAUUCUGCUCAAGCCCCCACCCCUCCAAAAGAAAUUAAAGGUAGGACUCAUCAUACUCUUUCUGGAGGGGAGAAGCAGCUGUGGAGCCUCUGGUCUAUUUCCCAGAGAUUAUUUCCCAGAAUGCACCAUGCUCCUUUUUGGUGGUCACUGUUCAUUAAUCCUGUUCAUGUUAACGAGCUACAUGCUCAUCAGCUACGCGCCAUCAACACCCUUAUGGAUGGGUCUGUGGGAUGACAUUCACCCAACCUCUCCUGUGUAAGGACAGAGUUCUACUUCUGAAGUAUGCCCUGGUUCCAAAUAUACAGGUUAAUCAGUUAAAAUCCAAGGGAGGUGCUUGGGGUAGGUCACAUAUUGGAGACAUCUGAUGAGUUCCAAACUUCUCCAUCUAAGACAUCUUUUGAAGUUGUUCAUGGAGAAAGGUCUCUAGGAAAAUUUCUUUAAGAUAUAGGUGUCUAUAAACAAAUCCAGCUGUCAAUCAUCUGGACUAAAGGAGGGAAAAAAAUCCAGAGAUUUUAGGUGAUCUAAAUUUUAAAGUAAUCUGAUUGGUUGGAUUUUUUUUAAAUGGAAAAACCAAAGGGUAUACCUCUUUGGCUUAAGAGCGGCUGAUGAAGACUUGCCAAAAAUGUAUAUUUGCCUGUUUCCCUUCUUUCCAGGCUGAGUUCAUGAUGUUUUCUCUGCUCAACUCAAAUGUUAGCCUCUUCCCCUAUAUUCCCUGAUUCCUGGAUAUGUAAUAGGAGGGGGGAGGCCCCAGGGAAGUGUGGGUAAUUUGGUGGACUCUUGAAACCACUUGAAGAAGGUGGGGCCUGAGUCAAUGGUGGGGACAGUUUGGGGGGAGGGGGUGUCAGAAACUAGACUGAAGCCCAGAAGUGACUUUCCUAGAGGGUUUUAGAUGCAUUUGCAUUAUCCAGCUCUAGGUUAUUCAUCUUACUAUUUAGCCUGGGUAAUUCUCCCUCCUCCUCCUUGAACAUUCUAUUCCUGUGUUGCUUUCACUUCCUCAAAUGACUUUUUACUCUAAAUAUGGUCCUAUGGGAGGGAAGGGAAUUUGAAGUUCCCUCCCUGUACUUUAGCCCAGUUACUGAAAAGGGCCUUUGAAACCUAAGUCCUUCAUCAGCUCUUCUCCAUCCUUGGGGAAGGUGUGAUCCAUGUAGGCAGCAAGUUUGGAAAGGAGCUAAAUAGCUCUUUGAGAUUAUAUAUACGUGUAUAUGUAUAUGUAUGUACCUGUGUAUACAUAUAUAUGUUUAUAUGAGAUAUGAUACCAUCUGUCCCUGGUGUGGAGUAGAAAACUGACAAUAGGCAAAGAGGUCAGUAGAAAAGUCCAAUAAGCAUUCUAUCUCCCCUUUGAGUUUUCACUGUGAGGCUUCAUCUUUUGGUUUGAAAUGGUGAAAUGAAUUUCUAGAACAUCAGGCCACUCAUAUUCACACGCAUAAAUAGAAACACAUUCCAAACCUCAAAACAAAAUUAAUUUUGGAUUAUCCAUUUGUUUUUGGAUCAACCCAUACGGCUUUAUUUCUCUACUCGAUGUUUAAGGGUUGAUUAUUGCAAAGACAUCUGUAAACAAAAUCAUCUCAGGAAAGGAUGGUACCUGUUUUCUGGAGAUUAAUAAUUUGAGGACAGAAAAAGGAAUUAGAAGUCCUCAUAUCCUGGAGGGAUGACAGCUCCCUCAUAAGUAAUAGGUAUGGCCCUUAGAAUGACCUACUGUGUGCCAAAGUAUCUAACUCUGAGGUCUGGGACCUGUUCUGGUCUGCUUUUGGGAAGAUGAAGUAAAGACCUCUUUAUUAGAGAAGAUAUAAACAGAAAAUAGGAGAAGAGUUGAUAAUAGGAGGAGAAAAUUGGCAGCAGGAGGUAAGGGAACUUUACAACUUUUGUACAAUCUUAGAUCUUGAAGAGACCAUUUCACUUGUGCUUUGGGUAGGGGUGGGAUGUCUUUGGACAAGCACCCUCUCCCAAUUUGGGUAAGGGAGAGAGAAGGUGCUUUAUCCCAUCAUACUAUUAUUCUGUGUGGAGUUCAACUUUAGCCAUGGCCUCCGUUAUCCAUGGUAGACCUUGUGACAUCUUGAAUCUUGCACCCCCUUAAAUCUCCCUAGCAAAUCCAUGGGUGGAUUUGAUCUAAGUAUAGGAUAGGGGUGAGGAGAUAAAGGCAUGGUACAUGUGAUCUUUGGCUCACCAUAUUCCAUUUUGGGGAGGAGAAAGGGAAGUUUAAUCUGCCCAUUCUCCUAUUCUCAAGAAAUAUAACUGCGCUAAAGCCCAAAUGAAGAAUAACUUCUUUUCACAAAGAUUUCUAGGGGAGUUUUCUUUAUCUUGUUUCAAUGGUUUGCAUGGAGGGGAAAGCACAGUGGAGAUUCCAGGGCACAUUGUUCUGAGAUCUCUUUUCCCCUAACCUCUGGACUCCCUGAAGUGGCAAUUAGGCAGUCUUCCAAUUUGCUUAAUCCAUGUAGACUUCUAAGGUGGGUCAUUCAGGCUUAAAAGCUUCACUGUGGAGUUGAGUAAUCUAGUUUGACAUCCAAAAGACUCACAUGACCUGGAUGAGUCCUCAUUUUGCCUGUUUUCUUCCACUCUCACUAGCCAUUCUAAUUCUUGGGUCCAGUUUCCUAGCUUAUGAGCCUUCUAAGGGUGUCCUCCUCUCAGAAAUGGAAUGUCUCUCCUCCCCUUUGCUGUGCAACCUUGGACAUCACCAUGCCUCUCUGUGCCUCUGUUGGCCCUUCUGCUGUAUAAUGGAGGGAAUUGCCUCGAUGGUGUUUAUAAUGCCCCUUUCCCCAUGAGCAUUGGGGUAGGGAUUAUGAAGUAUUGAAAUGCACAGGUGUAAUGUAAUUUGAAAAGCUUUAUUUUUGUUAAGAGGUGAGAAAAGAAAUUUAUCAUCCCCUAUCCUUCCCAUUCCUUGCCUGCCUCCCCCACCCCAUUGCCAUAAUGAUGACUCCCACUCCUAAAUAUGUCUCAACAGUGUCCACUACAAGCCAUUCCACCCUCUUAGCUUCCAUUGGCCACAAUUAGAUUCCUUCUGAUCAACUGGGUUGAACUUUGGGAUUAACUGGGGAUUGGUUGAACUGGGGUGGAAGGAUUCCAGGAUUGUUUUAAAGGGGGAGGGUGAGAAAUCUUGCUUCCUUGCAUCACUGUGAGCGAGCUCCAGGUCCUAUCCCUGGAGAAAUAAUUGCUGCAGAGAAGUCACAGGCCAUACUGGGCAGUCCUGGUACGAACCUGCCCUUAAAAAUAAUAAUAACAGUAAUAAUAAUAAUCACCUGCAUAUAACUGGUAAUCAUUCUUUGCUCACCUCCUGACUUUUCUCUGGGCCCUCUCAUUGGCUCUAUUUCAGGAGGUGCUAAUAUGCUGUGGACCUCUGAAUAGAAUCAAUGCACUGUGGACACUCCCCCGCCCCAACGCUUUACACAUCUGGAGAUUUUCUGAUACCAUACACCCAGAAUUCACCUUCACCUAGAAAGGGGGCAGUCUAUCUCUUGAUACAAUCUCAUUAGCAAUAGUGACCUGGAAGAGUUGGCCUCCAAUCACACACAAAAAAGAGGAUCAGAGCUACAGUUGCCAUUUUUGUCUAAACCUCUAUCAGGUUUGCAUACUUGGUCCCUGACUCUAAAGUUGAAAUUCAUUCCCCCAGGUCCUCAGUGUUAAAUGAAUGGAUCCAUGAUGAUAAUUAAGAAAAGAGAAAAAAUAUAUUAUUUUUGUUAGGACAAACCAUCGUAGAUUUUUAGCAAUGUGUAUCUGUGCAUCCCUCACACCUUUUCCUAUUCUGCCUUUUUCAUUUUCCUUUUUUUUAAAUAUUAUGUACUAUAUUUUUAGUCUUAA